UGUGUUUUGCUGACUGCACAGCGAGUUGGGUUGAUCACAUGAGGUUGAUGUGCCUGGGUGGCUCCCCGGGCCUGGGGGAGGGAAGGCAGCACGCAGGAGCUGCCGUCUGCUUUCUCUGCCGCCUCCUUUUUCCGUGAGCCCAGGCUGGUGCUAGGAGGAGCUCGAACAGAGCAGGGAGACGGCCGACCUUUUGGCAGCAAAUGGCUUUUCCACAGGAGACAACGCACGGGACUCAGGAGUUCUCCUUUCUGCUUGUUACUCUGGCUUUGCAGCCCCCUCUCCUCUGCCCGGCUGGAGCUGCGCAGAGCUGGUGGCAGCGUGUCCGUAGCCAGAUCCUUCUCAUGGGCGCUCCGUAGCUCAGCAGCCGAGGGAAGGGAAGGCGUCUGCAGCAGCUGCAGAGCUUCCUUUGCUGGGCAGCAGCCGGAAGAGUUUGGGAAACCAUUUUAGGGAGACUUUCUGAAAAUUCUUGUAUGUGUGACAGGUCCUAAACUGGAACAGAUCGGACAAAGCUGUUUCCUUCUCCCUCAUAUCUCGCUGUGGAUUAUUGAAGAAACUUCACUUGUGGGGGGAGCUGGCUAGGUUUCUGCCUACUGCGCUGGAGGUUUUAGUGCCCCGUUUGCGUGAUUCCCUCGCAUGAAAGUAGCUCCUCUCUGGUAUCGUUCCAGAAAUGAGCCGUCAGACUGCUACAGCACUACCUACAGGUACUUCAAAGUGUACACCAUCACAGAGGGUGCCUGCUCUGACUGGCACUACAGCGUCCAACAAUGACUUGGCAAGUCUUUUUGAGUGUCCUGUGUGUUUUGACUAUGUGCUGCCACCUAUUCUUCAGUGUCAGAGUGGCCAUCUUGUUUGUAGCAACUGUCGCCCCAAGCUUACAUGCUGUCCAACUUGCCGAGGCCCACUGGGUUCCAUUCGUAACUUGGCUAUGGAAAAAGUUGCCAAUUCUGUACUGUUCCCAUGUAAAUACGCCUCUUCUGGAUGUGAGAUAACUUUGCCACACACAGAAAAAGCAGACCAUGAAGAGCUGUGUGAGUUUAGGCCUUAUUCAUGUCCAUGUCCUGGUGCUUCAUGUAAAUGGCAAGGUUCGCUGGAUGCUGUAAUGCCACAUUUGAUGCAUCAGCAUAAGUCAAUAACAACACUACAGGGAGAAGAUAUAGUUUUCCUUGCUACAGACAUUAAUCUUCCUGGUGCUGUUGACUGGGUUAUGAUGCAGUCUUGUUUUGGCUUUCAUUUCAUGUUAGUCUUGGAGAAACAGGAAAAAUAUGAUGGUCACCAGCAGUUCUUUGCUAUUGUACAGCUGAUAGGAACACGCAAGCAAGCAGAAAAUUUUGCUUAUCGACUUGAGCUUAAUGGUCAUAGGCGGCGAUUGACUUGGGAAGCAACUCCUCGAUCUAUUCAUGAGGGAAUUGCAACAGCCAUUAUGAAUAGUGACUGUCUAGUCUUUGACACCAGCAUUGCACAGCUCUUUGCAGAAAAUGGCAAUUUAGGCAUCAAUGUAACUAUUUCAAUGUGUUGAAAUGGCAAGCAAACAUUUUCAGGCCAGUGUUUAAAACAGUUGCAUUUAAUUUCGCAGAAACUAGGGUAACCAUCUUUGACUGCCAGACACAAACUAUUUGGUAGAGGGAGGCUAGACGUAUAUGAAGGUAAAUAAAAGGAAAGGCUGUUAAAUUACAGGAAGCAGUUGCAUGUAGUAACACUAAUAUAUUUAAAAUAAGUCAACAGUAAACCACUGAAAAUAUAUAUACACCCAAAAUGGGCAUCUUUUGUAUUAAGAAUUGAUUCUACAGGAAAUGUUGUAAAAUAGUUCUAAAAACUUGUUUGUAGAUUGAUUGUACUGUUGAAAAGGAUACUGUUGUGUUUUUUGUUUUUUUCCCUUUGACUGACAAGCCAUGUUGAGCAGUCUGGUCUCUUGCCGCUGCUUUUUCCCCUUAAGUCACUACAUAGUAUUGCUGCUGUUUGUGUAUAUUUUUUGUGUAUUUGCUAAUUUUUAUUAACUUCUAGUUUUUCAUUAAAUAAAUAUGACUUUCUUUUCUGUAA